AUGCAGGAUCCCAACAUAAACAAGAUUUGCAGAGCAGGUGGUGAAGAAGAAGAGGAUAGCCAAAAUACAUCAGGCACUCCAGAUACGCAAGUUACCUCACAGAGUUCUGAAACCGGGAAUGACCAUCGUAACUCAGCUCAUGAUAGUCAACCACAAGAUUCUGCUACACAGGCUAUACAACACAACCUCAACUCAAGGAGACCUGCAGAGGGCGAGCAGGCACCAGUUAUCCCUGGACCCAGUGGAGAUGCUGCAACAGCAGCUGGAAGUCGACUCCUGGAGUUUUCUGUAACUGUGCCAUUCAGGACAGCUGUGGAGGCAAACAUAGCCUGCAGAUCCCUGGCUUCAAAUGUACAGCAACAGCAAGUGAUGGUUCAGCAAGAGUUCACAGUGAAUGAUACCACUCUCACUGUUAGGUGGACCACUGAAGAUCCUGUUCUCUUCCGAACAUCUAUCAAUGCCUUCCUUGACCAGCUCUCCCUAGUGAUGAGAAAUAUCCCACGCCCAGUAUUUAUGGCUGUUUACAAACAAGGAAGAGGAAGAAAUAACGACCCCUAA